CUUAUUUCUGUGUGCAUGGCAAAGAGUUUGUAAAAAGAUUACUAGAGAAGAUUACAUAAACUACAAAGUUUUUGAAGUUUUUAAUAAACAUAUGAGACAACACAAUAGACAAGUCCUGGAAUAAUAAUAAAUUCUUCAAGAGUUUGUCUGUUUCUGGAAUUAGUCUCUCCUUCUCUCUCUCUCUAUCUUCCAAUCACUGUAUCUCCCAUCGCUCUCAUGUAUACACUAUCCGUUAUCUCUCUUGCACAGCCAGCCAUCAUAGACCACAGAAGCAAGUAUCCAUCUUGUUUUAAUCCUCUGCCUCUCUCUCAUUUCCUCUUCACCAACUCGUUAUCUCUACAAUGUCUUGUUCCACUUUGUCCAGAAUAAACUCACUAUAGCUCUGUUUUGCUUAUAAAUUUCUUCUCUGUCUUAAAUGAUUGAAUCAUAAGGAGUUUCAGGUUUCACCUGCAUCUUUUUCUUCCUUUUAAAGAUAUGGGUCUGCUUAAAAGUGCAUGGCUUCUCUUGCUUUUCUUGGUUGUGUUUUCCCCUUUUUGUUUAAGGUUUCAUCACUGUUAUGGUUCAGAGCUCUCUGUGAAGUUCUUGAAAGCACCUCCUCCUACUUCUAGAUUUGACUCGGCCAAGUUUUCCUUCCAAGCUUUUGAGGAUGGAAAUAUAACUUGUUCAAGCUGCAAAUUCCGUUGCAAGCUAGAUGACCAUUUUAGUGUGGAUUGCCAUCGAAGAAAAGUUUCCUACUCAAAGUUGCUGGAUGGGAAUCAUACACUUGAGGUCUGCGCAAAUAGGAUGCCUGGAUCUGUCUGCAACAGCUAUAUAUGGACUGUUGAUACGGUUUCUCCUACAGCCAUUGUUACUGCAUCAAUGCCGUUUACAAGUGCACAAAACGUGUCUGUUAAUAUCACUUUUACUGAGCCAUGUGUUGGUGGAGGAGGUUUCAGAUGUUCAUCUGUGAAUACCUGCGACCUUCUUGUCUACGGUGCUGGCCAAGUUAUACCAUCCUCACUCACUGUUCUUGACCAAUAUCUCAGAUACUCUCUUCUUGUGGGAUUAUCUCCUGAUGCUCAAUAUGGAAGGAUUGUGUUGGUCAUGGACAAGAGUGUCUGUUCUGAUACAGCCGGUAACAGUUUUAAAAGAGCUUUGGGUUCUCGUUUCUUUGUCCAUUUCGAUCGAAGAAACGUCUUUGUGAACCUAAGAACGCAUGUCCCGGAGAAGUUACUGCAGCUAAACAACCAAACUAGGACAGUGCAGGCAACCAAUGAUAACGACAAGCUGAAUGUUUACCUGUAUUUCUCCGAACCGGUACUGAAUUCUUCAGCUGAAAUCCUUAGAACACUACGCACAAACCAAGGUGAUUUGCUUCCUAUUGAUGGAAAAACCAAUGGGAAUCGCCGUUUUGCUUUUAUGGUCACUAAUACAUCACGGCGUGCUAUAGUCACGGUGACACUUAACUCGAAUUCAAUAAGAAGCAGACAUGGGACCCCUGCAUCUCCUACUGCACCAUUGACUUUUCUUUACGAUACGGAGAGACCUCAUGUUGUAUUGAACACAACAUCUGGUAUGAGGACAAGAAAGCACACCAUCCCUGUCUGGAUAAAAUUCAUGAAGCCAGUGUUUGGGUUUAACUCCUCAUUUGUAUCGAUCUCAGGUGGAUAUCUUGAUAGCUUUGAUGAACUGAGCGGAAGCAUAUACAUUGUAUAUGUAAAAGCCAACACAAGUACAAUCUCUGUCAAGAUUCCUGAAAAUGUUACUCAGGAUGUCGCAGGAAACAAAAAUCUCGCAUCCGACAUCUUAGAAGUGAAACAUUAUUCUGUGCCUGUGUUCUCUUCUGUGAUUUCUUGGGUAUCAACUUACAUUUUCUUGGUGACAUCUUUUGUUGCGGGACUCCUCACUCUUUCAACCACAAGCCUUUACUCUCUCGGAGCUUUUCCAAGACCAUCUCCUUAUCUAAUAUCAGAUCCCACGAGGAAUCUCUUCAGAACUGCCUGUCACAUUCAGUUUUUUGCACUCUCGAGAUGGCUACCUGUGACAUUGCCUGAUGACUACUACGAAUUUGUGAGAGGUAUCCAAUGGAUAAUCCCUUACUUUCCUCUUCCAUGGGAAACUAAGCACAACGAACAGAUCAUGGUGGCCUCAAGUCCUUACAUUGGUCCACAUUCUUUCAUUUCGAAGAUGGACAACAACAGUACUAAUCUGCAGACAUCAACUAACGCUGAGUCAGUAUUUGGAUUGCCACUCACCGCGAUGGAGUACAGAUUAUUCUUUGAGACCCCAAAUCUUAAGCCAGAAGCAGAACACGUUCUUGGUCUACCACAUUUAACAGUGUGGAGAGAUUUUAACAGGAUCAUGUUUUGGAUAGCGAUAAUUGGAGGAAGUUUGGUACUUCUGCAUAUAUUCCUCUCUCUGAUACUCAAGUUCAAGAAAUCACACACUGAGAAGAAGAGGAGUUUUGGUGCGUUUGUCUUCCCAAGAUUUGAGCUUUUUCUUCUCAUUCUUGCCUUACCCUCAAUCUGCAAAGCUGCGAGGAGCCUCAUACAAGGCUAUUUUAUACACAAAGGAGAUGCAGAAGCCAAUGUCAUUGUUGGUAUCCUUGUGCUUUGCGUUGUAGCUAUUCUGCUUCUGGCGUUGUUUCUCUUCCUCUCUGUCGGGAUAACAUUUGGGAAGUUAUUACAGUAUAAAGAGAUUCAUCAAGAAGGCGAGACUUUCCACUGGUACCAAGAACUCAUCCGAGUGACACUUGGUCCUGGUAAAAGAGGCCAAUGGACAUGGAAAAAAGAGGAGAGCUCUGUCUAUCUAACUAGGUUAGGUCCGGUUUUCGAAGAUUUAAGGGGUCCACCAAAGUACAUGCUCACACAGAUCUCAGGAAGCAAUCCUCUCAAGCAACGAGACGAUCGCAUCAUCGCAUCAGAUGAUGAAACAGAGGAUGCAGAAGCUCCUUGCAUACAGAAACUGUUUGGAAUCCUCAGGAUUUACUACACGUUUCUCGAAACCGUGAAGAGGGUUUGUUUGGGGAUCAUCGCUGGUGCUUUCUUGGACAACGAGACUUCGAAAACUCCCAUAGUGGUCUUGUUGAGCAUCACUUCCUUUCAACUGUUCUUCCUUUUACUGAAGAAGCCUUUCAUCAAGAAAAAGGUACAGCUUGUUGAGAUCAUCUCAAUAGCUUGCCAAGUAGGUGUAUUCGCCUCGUGUCUAAUGCUCUUGGCCAAGGACUUUCCAGAAGCAAGCGGAAAGAAACUCGGGGUAUUCAUGGUCGUGCUGUUCUUGAUUGGGUUCAUUACACAGAUGUGCAACGAAUGGUACUCAUUGUACAAGCAGACAAAGCGGUUGGACCAGAUCAACAGGUCCUUCUUGAGUGGUCUCAAGAUGUUUAUCAUUGGACUUGCCGCGUUAAUCCUGCCUCAGAAACUGAUGAAGAACAAGAUCCCUGCAGCUCAGCUUGAAGGAAGAAGCAGCAGCAAUGGAGGCAAUGCUUUCUCAACUCCGGAGAAUAGGUAUAUAAGUUCUUCAGGAAGCCGAAGCUCGGGAAGCUUGGACAAGCCAUGGCUGAGACAUAUUCGGGAAAUGGCAAAGGCAAGCUUCACGAGAGACAGAAGCAAUAGUAAGGUUCCUAGUGAUCCUUCGGGGAGCAAAAGUGGUUGGAGCAGUAGUAUUUGGGGAACAAAGACAAGUGGAAGCUCUUCUAAGGAGUCAUCAUCAGAUUACAAAUCAAGACCUAAGGGACUUUACAGAGAUUUAGAGGCCAUUUUUGCUUCAAAGUGAAUAAGAAACAAUGUCAUUUUCUCUGGAAUCAGUCUCUUAUGUGUUGAUCAAUAUUUCAUAUUUGAAAUGGUAGUAUAUUGUACUCUUGAGGAUUACUUUGAUACAGUUAAAGUAUAUUUUUGGGGUUAACCAUUGGCGAGCCGCGAGCCUGCUGGUUUUCAAUGCGUAUCCUCCUGCAGCGAAUCAGAGUUCGAGAGGAACUUAACAUUCACAUAUCUUUCUCGAAGAUCACUCCUUACUAGAAAGAGAGUAUCAAGGAGAAGGCAAUCCAACCUUUGAACACAGUCCUUUGGACUUCCUGAUUUGUUGUCUUCCUCAUAACUCUUUUUCCUUUCUCGUCAUUCUUAAUAUAUGUUCUUUAAUUUACUCGUUGUAAAAAGUUUGUAAGGUUUUUUUUUUUUUUAUUCAAAGAUUAUGUUAGUAGAUUGUCUCUUAUAAAUUGUGAAAUCCUGUUGAUUUGAAUAUUAAUUUCUAAAUAUGAAAAUGUAUGUCUUUGUUUUU